UCCGCUCGCUCUUAAAGGCGCCGCGCGAUGGCGGGCGGCGACAACGUCUUCCUCUUCGUGCCCAACGUUAUCGGGUACUUCCGCAUCGCCUUGGCCGCAGCCUCCUUCUACCUGAUGCCGACGGCGCCGGGCCCCGCCGCGGCCUGCUACGGCCUCAGCGGCCUCCUGGACGCCGUGGACGGGCACGCGGCGCGCGCGCUGGGGCAGGGCUCGCGGCUCGGCGCCAUGCUGGACAUGCUCACGGACCGGCUCUCCUCCAUGUGCCUGCUCCUCAACCUGGCCCUGCUCUACCCCACGGCCGCGCCCCUCUUCCAGCUCAGCAUGGCCCUGGACGUGGCCAGCCAUUGGCUGCACAUGCACUGCACCACCCUGGAGGGGGGGCGGAGCCACAAGGCAGUGGGGGGGACGACGCACCCCGUGCUGAGGCUGUACUACAGCUCCAAGGCGCUGCUGUUCCUGCUCUGUGCGGGCAAUGAGGGGUUCUAUGGGUGCCUUUACCUGCUGCACUUCGGGGAGGGGCCGGCCGUUUUGCCGGGGGGGCCAGGGCUGUUCCGGGCCGGGCUCUGGGUCACGGCCCCCUUGGCCCUGCUCAAAGGGGCCCUGAACCUGGUGCAGCUCGGGGGGGCGGCGCGGAGGCUGGCAGCGAUUGACCGGGCUGAGCGCGCCAAGGGGCAGUGA